GUAAAAGUUGCGCAGGUCGACGAUUUUCUUUUCCCUUUGCUGUUGUAUUGUCUUGUAUAUUGUUUCAUUGCUUGUACAGUUGGAUGCAGCGGACUUUCGUAUCAGUGAAGCCGCUGCUGCUGCGGCAAGUCGCACAGUGCAUUAGGCCUCAAUCCCGAUCAUUACUACCACCGUCACAACUUAUCUCGAGAAGAUGGUUUGUUGACACACCCACUCUCGCUGCUGGACCUCGAGGGAGGAAACCUGGCACCAAGAUCAAGAUUGUCACCAUCGACGAUAAGAUCGCCGAGUCGUUCACUCUGAACGAGAAGAUCGAGACUCGCUAUGUACAAGAAAAGACCCCCGACAACAAGCUCUCCGAACCGAAACCUCUUGCCCAGUUACUCCGCGACAUUGAUCGAUCCGAACAGUAUGUCCUCCAGUUGAGUAAAUCCGGAGACGGCGACCAUGCAAUCGUACAAGUGGUACAACGGAAGGAUUUGAUCCAGAGGAUCAACAGUAAAGAGUCGGCAGCUCGACAAUCUCAGCUCGCACAGAAAGAGAAGAAACCGAAGCAGAUCGAAUUGAACUGGGCCAUCAGUGGGAAUGACCUUCAGUUGAAGAUGAAACAACUAGAAGAGUUCUUGCGCAAGGGGAAGAAAGUCGAAUUGCUCCUGGCCGCGAGAAAGUAUCAGAGAAAAGCAACACAGCAGGAGGCCGAGGAGUUGCUACGGACUGUCCAGGAGAAAAUUCAAGAACUUGGAGCUACCGAGGUCGUUCCAAUGCAGGGAUCAUUUCCCAGGCAGACUACAAUCACCGCGAAGAUCCCAUGAGACGACCCGGACGCCUCACGAUGAACAGACACCAUUGUUGCAUAACUCCAGUGUCACAUCGCGGCUCAUUGUAGCAACGACGACCAGACGAGUGGCAUUCAGGGCUCUAUGUAUGCUCCUACUACGAGAGGUCGUCCAAGACGAGAGCAGACAUGGCUUGCCAGAUCUUGCAUUUUUAGAGCCGUGGAAAAGGACUUGGACGGACUUUCGUUUUCAAAGAUAAGUCUGAGGGUCGGAAUCGAUCGGGCGAUAUACGAACCUGGCUAAACCUGAGCUCUUCACUUUUCUACGAAUGGCAUCUCGCGCACGCUUACAAGAGAUGCAAGGAGGUCUCACAGAAUGGCCUAUUCAUACACAUACACAAUAGCCGCAUGUAAAAUAUCAGAAGACAUCACUGUCUCGAUUGUAGAGACACCCCG